AUGCGCGCAACCAGCAGACUUCUGCAACUGCCCUGCAGGAUUACUCUUUUUACUAGGGAGAACUGUGGUUUAUGUGUUUCAGCACGCUCCGUACUGGCUGAUGUCUGGGACUCGAGGCCUUUUGUCUACAAGGAGGUCGACAUUGUCAAGCCGGCAGCUCAGCAAUGGAAAGACCUGUAUGACUUUGACGUUCCCGUGAUCCAUAUUAGCAAAGCUGGGUCCCCGGAGGAGGAUCCCAGGCUUGCUCCAAAGGCUCUCAAGCUCAUGCAUCGCUUCACCCCCGAGCAGGUGAAGACCAUGAUGGACAAGGCUGAGGGCUCAACAAAAUCAUGA